GCUCCUGGGCAGGCGGGUGCCAGCUCCGCUCAGGUUGGAGGCAGGGUGGGGCAGGGUGGGGUGGGGAUGGGCAGCCCCGGGGUCCCAGGCCCAGGUGGCUGGAUGCGCAGCAGGCUCAGAGGCAGGAGUCACGCCCGAGCUGUGGCCUGUGCAAGUGUCAGGCGUCUUCUUUUAGCCGGGCACAGGUAUCUCAGGGGAACACUGUAGAGACUUGGCCCCUGGGUUCCCCACCUUCCAGGCAGCCUUAGAGAGGCCGGGGCUCCCCCGCUGCCACCGCCCUGCCCCCCUUUCUCAUUGGCACGGCGGUGCCUUGUGUUCCCUCCCAUCUGGCAGGGAGGCUGGGGCAGGGGGGCUUGACCCAGGGACCUGCCCCUGGGCUGGGGACAGCGUGGGCAGAGGCCCAUCGGGACCCCACACAGGCUCCCCUCCCAGGGACGCGCAGGCCAGCCGCAGUAUUCCUCCAGGGACCCCAAGCCUGGCUGGGACAGGAGCCUGCCUUAGGCCUAAGAUGAGAGAGCUCUUCUGACAGGAGGGAGGAGGGCCUUAACCAAGCCCAGCCUCCGCCUGCCCCGGCCCCUGUGACAUUCCCAAUUGCUGGGGACUGACUCACCCCCACUUCAAAGGCCUUAAAUAGUUCCGGUAUUUCACCUGCUAGCAGUGCCAUCGCUCUGGAAUUCUGCUCUGUGGAGAGCCGAGGCCCCACCUGCAGACCCAAGGCUCACCUGGGCAGCCGCCUCCUCUCAGCCCACCUGCGCUCCCGGCCUUCUGAGUCCUCCUCAGGGGCCAUCGGCCCUCGCCUGCCGCUGCCGACAGGAUGCCCGCCCCCGCCGCCCCCACCGCAACCACGGCCGUGCAGGUGCCCCUGUGGCACCACUACCUGCAGGCCAUCCGGUCCCGGGGGGCGCCGCGUGCCCAGGACUUCCAGCGCGCAGAGAACGUGCUGCUCACGCUGCUGGAGCGCGUGCACGCCCUGGACCCCCGCUUCACCGUGGACUACUCCCGAGGCCUGGAGGCCUUCCAGUUCGCCCUGCGCUCCUCUGAGGACCCCCUGGACAUGGAGGUGCCCCUGCGGGUGGACGCCGAGGCUCUGCUGAUUGAGGAGCCAGAGGCUGCCCAGCCGGGGGAUGGCCCCGAGUUAUGCCGCCUGGGUGUGCCCAGGGAAGGGGCUGGCCUGGAGCGGUGGACCACCGAUGAUAUCUUCACUGCCUCCUCGGAGGGGGACGCCAAGUGCCGUGGACACAUUGUGCCCAGCAAGGUCCUGUGUGUCCUCAGGGACCUGCUGGUGGCGGCCAUCGUCCACUGCAAGCACCACAGCCUCAUCGCGCCAGGUUCGCUGAACGCGGACAGCCUGAGGGAGGAGCAGCUGCACCUGUCCUUGCUGGUGUCCAGCGGCUGGAGGACAAUCCGCUUCCACGUGGUGCCCGUGGUGAGAAGGGGGCUUGGGGUUCCUGCGCUGGAGGGGGCCCAGCAGAUGCCUGGAUUCCCCGAGGCCAGCCUGAGAAGGGUCCUCAGCCAAGGGGUGGACCUGGUGCCAGCCAGCGCCCAGCUCUGGAGGACCUCCACUGACUACCUGCUCACCAGGCUGCUGGGGGAGCUAGGCUCCCUGCAGGGCCAUCGCCUGGACAGUCUCUCCGUCCUCGACCGGGUGAAUCAUGAGAGCUGGCGAGACGGUGGCCGGACCGACGGCCUGACCUUCAGCCAUCUGAAGAUGGUGCUGCUGUGGGCCUCCACGCUCUUCCCGGCGCCCGAGGACUGGGCGGAGCUGCAGGGCGCUGUGUACCGUGUGCUCGUGGUGCUGCUGUGCUGUCUGGCCACGCGGAGGCUGCCCCACUUCCUCCACCCGCAUCACAACCUGCUGCAGGGCAGCGGCCUGGACCUCGGCGUCGUCUACCAGCGCGUGGAGGGCUUCGCCAGCCAGCCCGAGGCGGCGCUGCGCAUCCACGCCACCCACCUGGGCCGCAGCCCCCCGCCGCGCGUCAGCUCCGGGCUCAAGGCGCUCCUGCAGCUGCCGGCCAGCGACCCCACCUACUGGGCCACCGCCUACUUCGACGUCCUGCUGGACAAGUUCCAGGUCUUCAACAUCCAGGAUGAGGACCGGAUCGCUGCCAUGCAGAGCAUCUUCCAGAAGACCAGGACUCUGGGCAGCAAGGAGAGAUGAGGGGGGCCGCCCAGCCUUGGCCACCCAUUCACGGCCGCCCCACAGACUGUACCACGCCACGGGAGGUCCUGGGGCAUCUGGGAGAAGGAAUGGGCUGCUCAUGGAGGGGGUGAGGGAGGGAUUUUGUCCCCAGGAGUGGCCUCUGAGAGUCUUUCAGUGCCUGGCGAGGCAGAGCAGUCCUCCUGGAGCACUUCGUCCCGGGGUGAGGGCCUGGAGGCAGGUGCCACGCUUUCCACGUGGUGCCUGUUGACCCAGCCACAUGGUGCUGACAAGAAAGCCACACUGGCUGAGACCUGGGGCUGAGCGCCUGGCCCGGCCUGCACCAUGUGCCAUUCCUUGGUGAUGAAGUGCUGUAUAUUUGGUCUCAAAUAAAGGAACGUGCGCGGCAUACGCAGCAGAAAAGACACUCUCCACGUCUCGUAUAUCUGUGUGGAAAACAUUUCCCCUACAAGCAGAAGAGGCCCCCGUGCAGAUGGAUAAUUCUGAGUCUUCUCCAUUCUCUACCAAUGACCCCCUUCUCCAGGCAUCCCACCUCCAACCUUGUUCUUACAGCAAACUCAGGCCGGCAGAGGGGGCACACGGCCAUGAGCCCGCCCGCCCAGGACUAGUCCCAUCUGCGUCUGCCCGUCCCUGGGGAAGUGGCCCCAA